ACCAAGAAGAAGAAAAAAAAGGAAGUGACGUUUUUUUCGACGCAAUCUCUUCUCCGUUCAAGAUGCCUGCGGCCGUGGUGAUGGGUGACAACUACGAAAAAUUACUAGAGCAAUGUGAAGCUCAGGAGCUAGAGGCUCCAGGCGGGAUCGCCACCCCUCAGGUGUAUGCACAGCUGCUGGCCCUGUAUCUCCUCCACAACGACAUGAAUAAUGCUCGGUAUCUUUGGAAGCGGAUUCCACAAGCUAUAAAAACUGCCAACCCUGAGCUGGCAGCGAUCUGGGCGGUCGGACAGCGCAUCUGGCAGCGGGACUUUCCAGGAAUCUACUCCACCAUCGCUGCCUACCAGUGGUCAGAGAGCAUCCUGCCCGUCAUGGAGGCCCUGAGAGAAACCACUCGCAGGAGGGCAUUUGGCCUGGUGGCGCAGGCCUACACGUCCAUCACAGCGGAUGACUUUGCCGCCUUUGUGGGAUACUCAGUGGAGGAGGCAGUGAAAGGGGUUGUGAGUCAGGGCUGGCAGGCGGACCCCAACACCAGGAUGGUUAUGCCUCAGAAGCCAGAUCCUCCCCCAGUCUCUCUGGUUCCCAACGAGCAGCAGCUGGCCAGGCUCACUGACUACGUGGCUUUCCUUGAGAACUGAUAAAGCUGGCCCAGCCCGGCCCAUCCCAGCCCGCUGGUCAGCACCUCUGGCUCCCCCCGUGCAUGGUGCACCUUUAACUCCCACAGCCCCCUCCACCCCCACCUCCCCUCCCCUCCCACCCUCCAUCCCCCUCCCUCCCAAACACCCCACCCACCCUCCACCAACUCUCCCCUCCCGUCAACCCCCCCUCCUGACCUCCCCACCCUCCACCCCACCUCCCCUCCCACCCUCCACCUCCCUCCCAACCCCUCUCCAACAGCCAGAGCCACUCAACCCCCGGAUGAUGAGCUAGUUCCCAGUGCAUGGUUCUGAGCCUACCGUGACUGUACCACACACACCAUUAAUACUGCGUUAGACCUGUGAGCCGUUCGCCCAGAGGGCACAUGCCCAGCCUAUACCCUGUGCCGGUCUUCUCCGGCGAGGAGCGGUAAUCUGAGGAAGCGCCUCACAGGGCUGAGACGCCGGAGGUACCGUUUCACCCCCCCCCCCCCCGCGCCCCCCGCGCCCCCUCGACGAACUGACGGUGACACGGGACUCCAGCCGCUUUUGGCACGCCGUAGCAAAUGUCAUUUUCACACAGCCUGUAAAGUAUUUCUGAUGCCGGCUUAGCUGUCUACUGUAGGAGUUUCUAAAAGGAAAACUACAGAAAAUAUGUACGUGUUCAUAGUGCUUUUUUUUUUGUUGCUUUUUUUUAUGCUUUGCAUGUCUCAUUGACACGUGGGUGAUGGAGAUUGGGGAUUUGGGAAGAAGUAUCCUGCCAUUUGGUUUCUGCAUCAGUGUUUUGCAGUCACCCUGUGGCCUCGUCUGUUGAACUGCAGUUUCUGUGUCUGUCUUUACAAUAAAAAGGAAAAACCCA